UAUCAAUCAAUUCAUUCCCUUGCCUAAUGCGUUGACCAUACUUGACGGAAACCAUGCCCAAAGGGUCAAGUGCUGCCCAUACGGGUUUGCCGUUUGCAUCUAGGCCGCCCAGCAGAAUCAGCGGCGAAAGACGCCUGGCUCGGAGUCCGAUUCUGAGUGACGAGGUCCGACAGACCGCAGGAACUUCUUCCCCGCUGUGUAUGUCAGAAUCACGGACACCUAGGCUGCUAUCUGAAGAUCGGGAUCCCUGCGCCUCAUCGCAGCUUCGAGUUACUAUGGCUAUCAUGGAGGGACGACGAGGGAGCAUGUGACAGUGUCUCCUCGUUGGCUGCUCAUUCUACGAGCGUAGGUCACUAACGGUCAACGUUUCUGUUUAUAGACGCAUAGGAUACCCGAUGGCUCGACUAGCGCAGCCUGCGAUAUGUAUCACUGGAUCGACUCGAAAUAUCACGCGGGAGGAGGACAGUAGACGAUCAUAGGGCACAAGAAUAACACAGAACAGUGUGGCACAACCGAAAUUGGCUGCGCACGAGCCGUGCGCGAGUCGCUAUGUGCGCCACAUGCUCUUCCUGGAUCCAUGUGCUGUCGCGCACCGGCAUCAAAUCCUCCCGGCAGGCCAAUGGCGGAGAACGACUGCGGAAAAGAGAGCUAUAAAAGCGAAUUAGGAGGAGCCGACGAGGGCUAUUCAGCAACACUUACUUCAAAUCGUCCAUUCCUUCGUCUUCGUCUUCGUCUUCGUCUUCGACACCUGCCCGUUCCCGAUGUUCAACAAAAGCGCCCUCCUCCUCGCUGUCUCGCUGGCCGUCUCGGUCUGCGCCAUCCCGUCUCCAGCACCGGAGGGGAUCGCGAUCCCCAUCCGAGCCCGUAGCGCGCUGACGACCGCCGAUGGCGUGUUCGACCACGACAGUGCCAUCGCGGAGACCGUGAAGACGAUCAACAAGCACCGCCAAAAUCUGAUCAACUUGAAGAAGAACAAGGGCGAAUCGGUCUUCAACCCCGGUGCUGAGAUCAAAAACAUCGCCACCGUCCCUGCCGCCGUGCAGGCGCGGAUGGAGAGCCGCAACGAGAAGCGUCAGAGUUUGGGGCUCACUGAUCAGUCGGAGCAAGAGUGGACUGGCAGCGUGUCCAUCGGCACGCCCGCGACGCGUUUCGUCAUCGACUUUGACACUGGGUCUUCCGACCUCUGGGUGCCCUCGUCUUCGUGCAGCUCAACCUGCUCGGGCAAGACCAAGUAUAACCCCAGUCAGUCGUCAACUUCCACCUCCGAGUCCGGAUCGUUCUCUAUCUCGUACGGGGACGGAUCGACUGUCUCUGGGCCCAUCUACACGGACACUGUCUCCGUCGCCGGUGUGUCUGUCACCCAGCAGUACCUCUCGGGCGUGACGACCCUCUCGUCGGAGUUCACCAGCGACCCCGCCGACGGCCUGCUUGGUCUCGCAUUCCCGGCCAUCUCCAAUCUCGGUCAGAACCCGUACUUCCAGACAGUCAUCAGCCAGGGCGCCGUCUCCGCCAACCAGUUCGGGUUCUUCCUCAGCAGCUCCGGCUCGUCGCUGUACAUUGGUGGAACCGACACCAGCAAGUACUCCGGCUCGAUCGAGUUCAACGGGAUCACCUCGUCGUCUGGCUUCUGGCAGGUCACCGGUGCAUCUGUCAAGGUCGGCAGCAGCACUGUUACCUCCGGUCUCGAGACCAUUGUCGACUCGGGAACGACCAUUAUGUACGGCCCGCCCGCACUCGUCAAGGAGAUCUUCGCCCAGGUGCCCGGUGCACAGCUGUACGAUUCCACUAACGGCUACUACUCGUAUCCAUGCUCGAGCCCGCCCCAGAUCUCGUUCAACUACGGCGGCAACGACUGGACGAUCUCCGCGGCGAACCUCAACCUCGGCCUUACCUCAUCGGGCUCGAGCUCGUGUGUGUCGUCGCUGGCGGCGCAGGACCUCGGAUUGGGAUCUAGUGUGUUCCUACUUGGUGAUGCGUUCAUGAAGAACCAGUACACCGUGUUCGACGUCGACCAGAACGCUGUCGGUUUCGCCACCCUUUAGAUUAUCGCAGUAGCCAAAGAAUAAUAUGGCAGCAAUCCUUCCACCCUUCAAUCGGCGCUCCAUUUGCAUUCGAAACUCGCGCGAAUCAUGGGCUGUCCCAUUUAUGCCCCCGCACUGAUCUUUC